AUGGAUGUCAGGUACAACCAAGAGAUGGACGGGAUGAUGCUGAAGAAAGGAAUAAAGGACGGCAAGGACGGCAAGGACUCCCAGAGCAGCCUGCCCAAAUCCUACCUAAACGAGCAGCAGGACUCCUUCAUCCCGUCUGCCACCGUGGACAACUGUGAGAAGAACAAAGCGAGCAGCACGGGAGACCCGGACUACUGCCGGAGGAUACUUGUCCGAGAUGCAAAAGGUUCUAUCCGAGAAAUCAUCCUGCCGAAGGGGCUGGAUUUAGACCGGCCCAAGCGGACCCGGACCUCCUUCACCGCAGAGCAGCUCUAUCGGCUGGAAAUGGAGUUCCAGAGAUGCCAGUACGUGGUUGGGCGGGAGCGCACAGAACUGGCCCGCCAGCUCAGCCUCUCCGAAACCCAGGUAAAAGUUUGGUUCCAAAAUCGACGCACUAAGCAGAAGAAAGACCAGGGCAAAGACUCAGAACUGCGCUCGGUGGUGUCGGAAACAGCCGCCACCUGCAGCGUUCUCAGACUGCUGGAGCAAGGCCGGCUCCUCACGCCACCAGGCCUGCCGGGCCUCCUGCCCCACUGCGGCAGUGGCACACUGGGCUCCGCCUUGCGCCCUCCUUCCAUGGGCAUGAGUGGUAACGGCAGCAGCAGCAAUGGCGGCAGCGGCAGCACGGGGACAGCAGCGGGCAGCCCCCCUCUCCCCGCGGUCACCAGCUCGGGGAGCGUGGCAGGCCUGCACGGCUCGUCGGCCGCUCACAGCCUGUUCAGCUUCCCCAUGCCCUCUCUGCUCGGCAGCGUGGCCACCCGCAUCUCCUCCAGCCCGCUCACCAUGUCCGGGUCCCUUGCGGGGAACCUGCAGGAACUCUCAGCCCGCUACCUGAGCUCCUCCGCUUUCGAGCCUUACUCACGGACCAAUGGCAAAGAGGCCAUGGACAAAAAAGUUCUGGAAUGA